GCUGUCUUGGAGAGCUCAUGCCGACGGCAACCUUUCGCAUUGACUUCACCUUUCAACUACGGUUUUGCUCUUGCAAGGCUAACUGCGCUCGUUCCUUUCUCCAAUCCCCACCAUCCCGUGUUCAAUAAUCACCAACACCGAAUUGCAUCGCAAGACAGAAUAUGCUGGCCCCGAGCAGUGGCCUCACUCUGUUCCAUGUGUCCCCCACCAUCACCAACUCUGAUUUCAACAUUUGCUCCGUCAUCAAAACCCAGGGUUUGACAUCUACCGCCCACAAGCCGGUCAUCACUACCAAGGCCACCCUUACAACCCAAUAAACCAGCCAUGCCCGGCCCCGAUUCCGAUCGCCCCGCCUCCCGGGGAAACCACACUUCGCCGGCCCCGCCGAGCCCGCGCCCAUCAGUAGCCAGCCGAGCCAGCGGGUCAAGCUUGCGCCGAGAACAAGAACGACAAGAAGCGCCACCAGUCCACCCCCGACCAACUUCCGCGGUAUACUCGCGCCCCCACACACCACACCCACCCGCCGCUGCGCCCGCCGAGGAGCCCGCGCGCGCGCCAUCUCCCCCGGCUCCACCAAAACCAACCCAGCAACAGCAGCAGCAGCAGCAGCCCUUCUCCCCAGUCUUCGCCCUCCUCAGCUCCACCUCCCACGCCACGAACCGCCAAACAAUCCACCACCCCACAGUGCACUACAUCUUCGCCGACGACGACCCCGAGCGACUAACAGCCGCGCUGGCGCACCACCACGGGGCGGCCGCCGCAGCCUACGACGAUGACAACAGCAACGGCAGCGUGCCCGACCGCGGCGUGCUUCUGGACCUGGAACCGUCGACCAGCGGCGCCGGCUACGAGGUGGCGUGGGCCAGCAGCCUGACGGCGGACUGGGCCGCGACGUCGGCGCGCGUGAGCCGCAUGGAGGAGGGCGGCGGCGGCGGCGGCGGCGGCGCGCCCGUGCCGGGGCUCGGCGGGAAUUUGGUGCUCAAGAUUGAGGGUGUUAGCUUGGAGCCGAGUGCUGCUGCUACUCCUAGUGCUGCUAGCGGGCCGUUUGGUAAGGCGUCGUCUACGUCUGAGGCGGAGAUGCAGUCCUCUGGUGGGAGUGUGGGGCGGGGGAGGCCCGCGGCGGCGCCCGAGGAGUAUGCCGACCUGCUGCAGGACUUUGAGAAGCGGAUGGUGACGCUGCGGAAGGUGGUGGAGGCCGGCGCGGCGAGGCAGCGGGCGCUGGGUGGCGCCGGUGGCGGGCAGCUUCCAGCGGGGAUACCGAGGGAUGUCGUGCCUGCUGGGUCUCGGCCUCAGACGGGUGGUGAUGGUGCGCAGAGUUGACAGGGAGGUAACUGAUUGUUCACCCGGUUAUCCUUUUGGCUUGUUGAUACGAAUUUGGGGCGUUUAGGCCUUUUUAUCGUGGUGGGAUAGGAGAGCCCUUGCUUGGGAUCAUCUCAGGCCGGAUAGGCGUUCAUGUUAGUGCCCUUUAUUCCUCUUCUUCCCCUCUGUACCAUGUGUUCAGGCACAUAUUUGGAUUUAGCAGCCUGGUGUUGGGAGAGAAACAGGCGAAUUCGGAUAAUUACAACAAUGGGACACACAUCUUUCCUCACUGGAUCUUAACUCGGUGGCAAGGCUAAGGAGUGUGUAGAAGACAAUGCAAAUUCUAUUAC